AUGGAUGAAGAAUCGGGCGGCUAUGAGCCGCCCCAAAUAGCAGACUCAGCCACCAACAAUGCACCGGAUUUAUCAUUAAAUAAAUCAAAUGAAAACGAUUUCAGGUAUGAUCUUAGCAAUAGAUAUUUAUCAACUGAUAAAGGUCCUUAUUAUGUGUACAUGGAGCAUAAAAGCAAACAUUUAGGUAAAGAGGUUGUAAAGAGGUGGGUCAACAUUCGGGAUGCAUUUAACAAGUUUUUGAAGAAAGAAAAAUCGUUCAAAAAGUCUGGUUCUGGUACCUCAACUUUAAGCAAAUACAUUUAUGCUGAACAACUGAAGUUUCUAACCAAAAUAUUUACGCAUAGAUCAACUGAAGAUAGUUUAUCUGCCAAUCCCGUCCAAGCAACUUCCGACGCCGAUGUUUCAGAAACUGAGACUGAAAAUAAUAAUAAUACCCAGCUUAAAGCAUCUCCUUUAGAGCUUUAG